GCGAUGAAGGCGCGAACAGAUUUUGGAAUGUCCUAAAGGACAAAAAUGUUGAACGCGGAGAAUUCCUCCAACCGCCUGAGGGCAUCCAUUUUUUAGGAGAUAAAGAUGAAGUUUCAAUUCUGUACAUCCGUAAAUGCUACCGCGAUUCGGCAAAGAUUGCAUUUGAUAAGAAACGAAAAAAAGACUCCCGUAUCAGCGGUAAUCCGGAUAAUAAUGUCUUUUGUACUUCCAGCAUAAAAGUUAUUGAAUUAUAUCAGAAAAACUCAAAUACACGGUAUAUUAUUGAUGGCAAGAAACCGGUUAAAGCUAAUACCAGAACAAUUCUUUUAUGUUCGCCUAGAAAGGAUAUCUAUAGAGAAUUUGACAAGUUUAGGUUUUUAACAAUACGGAUCAUACCAGUUUUGGAAACGAAAAGAGAUUGA